GAGAGACAUGUGAGCUGUGAAAGUUUAAAGCCGAGCGAGCAUGAUUGUUCCGCUCCCGAUGGUCUCGGAGCAAUACUAAGCUCGUCUAUGACGAGUUCAAGGCUGUGUAACGAAAAGAUGUUCCGGAACGGCCUAUGUUUCAGGCUCGUCGGAAACUGCAAUAUCUGAUUUGAGGCUAUCGUAGCUUCAGCUGAUGUAUUUGUAUGGGUUUUCUACUCUGUUCAGCUCAUGCUGAGCUCUUGUUCAGUCUCAGACCCCGAGGUGGGGAGCUGUCGAAGCUUGCUUGUGCUCAUGCUUUGCAUCCGAUAUUGAUGCAUAGGUAUCUCCAAGAAUUAUAGCCCCUGUUCCCCACGUGCCUCGCUUCACCAUUCAGUCGCAAUUAUCCAGCAGCUACUUCCUUCCCUCGGCAGAUCCCCUUCUCAUCUCACUUAAGGAAGGUAGGGAAGGUCCCCCAAAGUAACCAAUGGCAGAUCACGACGUCACUCAGCGCAACUUGGCCCCUGAGCCCCUCCAUUGAAUCCCAUGACCCCGCUAUAACCCGCACGACGGGAGAAGCCAAGUUAAGUUCCUCAACAAACAUCCCAACAGCUCUUCUCUUUCUUACCUUCUUCUCCAAACUUGAUUCCUCCAAUAACUCCAACAACUUUCUCACUUCUUUGCCCAUCAUGUCUGAAUCUUUCCAGAAGGCCGUCGAGGACUCCAAGAAGCUUACCUCUAAGCCCAACACCGACGAUCUUCUCAGGCUCUACGGACUCUACAAGGUCGCCAACGGUGAGGACUUCUCCGCUGCUACCGCCCCCGGCAUGUUCGACCUCAAGGGCAAGGCCAAGUACAACGCCUGGAAGAAGGCUGCUGAGGAGGAAAAGCUCACCCCCGAGGCCGCUCAGGCCAAGUACGUUGAGCUGGUUGAGGAGCUCAAGGAGAAAUGCGGCUACGAUGCCAACAAGGUUCCCGAGGCCGUUGGUAACUAAGCUUCCAAAUCACCACUUCGAAUAGACAAGCCUCCACGACGGAACAAGUCAAGAGCAGGAAUAUCUAAACGCAUAUGAAACCAUACAAUGUUGGAAUCAGAUCAGAUGGGAGAAGCCCUUUUGUGGUUCCCUUUUACGCUGCCUAUAGCACGCAUCGUAUUUAGCUGCCGAGAUAAAUCAUACCCUUUCGUUUUGCGUCAUUGAUGCCGUCCAGACUUCCAAAGCAGAGUACUCGUAUCGUACCAGGAGCAUGACCUUUAUGUGUUAUGUGUUCCUUGGUGGGCAACAUGUCAUGGGAUUUCGCUCCCGGUCACAUGUGACAUCACUCACAGCUGACGGUGAUUCCCAAACUUGGUGGUGCAGUAUCACGUAAUACUCCUCAACUCAUGACAUUGUGGUGUAGCAGGCACUUGAGUUUUGUAGGAGAAUGUACAACUUCGUUGCCUGUAGUCCCAAUUUGGCCUUGGACUUGCGCCUCAAAUGUCAUUACAUAAGGCGUCGGAGUAUC